GCGCCUCUCGACGCCUCGCCAUUAUUUCCGCACUAGCGUCUCUCGACGCUUGGACAGGAUUUCCUCACAAGCGCCUGUCGACGUCUCCUUAUUUUAACACUGUAUGAAAGCGAGACUAUGACGUCGACAACUUUGGGGUACGCAUAAAAUUGAAGCGAUACUAUUGGUCUAUAAAAUUAAAGUAUGUGUACUGUCAUAAUAUCACGUGUACCUAUUAAUAAACACGGUUUUUACCAUGUAUGGAAACUGAAGCGAAAGUUGAUAUUUCAAAAUGGCGGACCUACCAACAAACGAAGAGAUAUUGCGUGAUUAUUUCGAUUCAGAUGAUGAUUUAGAUGAGUUUGAGGGUUUCUCAGAUGCCGAUUCAGACAUAUAUAUUCCCGAGGAAUCUAGUAGUGAAGAAGAAAGCGAAAGUUCCAGUGAAUCAGAGCCAGAAAAUGACGAUGAAUGGACAGAGAACCUUCGUGGCGUGCGUGUUGACCCGUUCGUGGAGGGCGUUGGACCAGUAUUCCCGGACAAUUUUGACGUGAAUACAGCCACAGCAAAGGAUUACUUUGAUCUUAUGUUUAGUCCAGACAGCAUUUCAGAUUUUGUUCGCCACACAAAUAAUUAUGCGAGAUGGAAAAUGGAACAGAAGGGCGAGGAAGACCGUGUAUGGUAUGAAAUCACUGAAGCUGAAAUGAAGGCUUACCUUGGACUUAAUAUUUUGAUGGGCAUCAAUCAGCUGCCUUCAUAUAAGGAUUAUUGGUCCAAAGAUGUGUAUCUUGGCAAUGAAGGAGUUAAAUCUGUGAUGACUUCAAGAAGGUAUGAGAAAAUAACAGAAUAUUUUCACGUCAGUGAUCGUGCGUCCGAGCCAGCCAGGGGAACCAGAAACUUUGACAAAUUGUUCAAGGUGAGAGAAGUCCUUACAAUGACAAAGAGAAAGUUCAAUGAAAGUUACAAGCCAAACAAAAGCAUGGCCAUUGAUGAAGCUAUGAUUAAAUGGACAGGAAGACUCUCUUACAAGCAAUACCUCCCUGCUAAGCCAAUCAAGAGAGGCAUAAAAGUUUGGAUGAGGUGCGAUUCGGAGAAUGCGUUUCUUACCGACUUCAACAUAUACUUAGGAAAGGGAGAAGCCACUUCAGAACAUGGACUUGGACAUGAUGUUGUCACCAAAUUAUCCAGGGACAUCACUGGAAAGAACCAUCAUUUAUACUUUGACAACUAUUUCACCAGCGUCAAACUCAUGGAGGACUUGCUCGAGGAAAAUAUUUAUGCUUGCGGCACCGUGCGCAUGAACAGAAGAGGGUUUCCUGAUGACUUAAAAGGCAGACUAAGAUUACAGAGGGGACAGUCACAGACCAGACAGAAAGGAAACCUUACUGCUUCUGUCUGGCAGGACAAAAAGCCAGUGGCCUUCCUAAGCACCCUAAGUGACCCUCGUAGACAAGUUCCCGUCACCAGGCAGCAUGGAAGACAGGAACUGCAAAUGACACAACCCCAUGCUGCCAAUGAGUACAAUAAGUAUAUGAAUGGUGUGGACAGACAUGAUCAGCUGAGACUGAAGUAUCCUCUAGGAAGGGACAGUAAGAAAGCCUGGAAGUACAUUUUCUAUUUCCUGAUGAAUUGUGCAGUGGUAAAUUCCUUCAUUCUGUUCUGCGAAACGUCAAACCGACCAAAUACAAGGAAAAGAUUUACACACGUAGCAUUUAGGAUGGAGCUUGUUCACCAUCUAAUUGCAGGCUUCUCCGGACGGAAAAGGAAAGCAGCUGAAAAUGUUGAGGUGGUCCACCAGGCAGAGAACUUUCCUGGACACGAAUCCGUGCACAUGGGGACCAAAAGAAGGUGUCGUGUUCACAUGAACAAAAAAGAGCGGAAAGAAACUGUUUAUGGCUGCAAAGUGUGCAAUGUGCAUUUGUGCAAAGAUGGCUGCCAUUUCACAUUUCAUGGUGGACAGUAAAACCUUCAGAUGGACUGUUAAAUCUUGAAAAUAUGUGUUUUUUUUCAAGGAAAAUCUUUGUGUACAGAUUGUUUGUUUACAUUUGCUCAACUUUUUCUUGGAUUUACUUUGAUACAUGAAAUUGAAAUUAACAUCAUUUUAAAGGUGAGAAUGUCCUGAAAAUAAAAAUAUAUAUUUUUAUAUACUUUUACCAAAUAGUUUUUUAGUAAUAUCAAUAAAAACACAUGCACUGUGAUUUCUUUGUUGAUUUCUGAAAAUGCCUGAGUAAAUGGGGUUAUCACUGAUGCUAAACUGCUGCGGAGAUAAGGCUGCAGCAGUAGCCUGCUGUGCAAGUAUAGAGAGGCGUCUUAUCUGAAG